AUGCACGCCGCCCUGGCGGGGCCGCUGCUCGCCGCCCUCCUCGCCGCCGCCCGCGCCCGCCCGCAACCCCUGGACGGAGGAGGACAGUGUCGGCCGCCCGGAUCGCAAAGGGACCUCAACUCCUUUCUGUGGACUAUUCGGCGUGACCCCCCGGCCUACCUGUUUGGCACCAUCCACGUCCCCUACACCCGUGUCUGGGACUUCAUCCCGGACAACUCCAAGGCGGCCUUCCAGGCCAGCGCCCGCGUCUACUUCGAGCUGGACCUGACGGACCCCUACACCAUCACGGCGCUGGCCAGCUGCCAGCUGCUGCCCCACGGGGAGAACCUCCAGGACGUGCUGCCCCGCGAGCUCUACUGGCGCCUGAAGCGCCACCUGGACUACGUGAAGCUGAUGAUGCCCUCCUGGAUGACGCCCGCGCAGAGGGGCAAGGGGCUCUACGCGGACUACCUGUUCAAUGCCAUCGCGGGCAACUGGGAGCGCAAGAGGCCCGUGUGGGUGAUGCUGAUGGUGAACUCGCUCACGGAGACAGAUGUGCGUUCCCGGGGCGUGCCGGUGCUAGACCUCUACCUGGCCCAGCAGGCCGAGAAGAUGAGGAAGAGCACGGGGGCCGUGGAGCGGGUGGAGGAGCAGUGCCAUCCCCUCAACGGGCUCAACUUCUCCCAGGUGCUGUUUGCCCUGAACCAGACCCUGCUGCAGCAUGAGAGCGUGCGAGCCGGGAGCCUGCAGGCGCCCUAUACCACGGAGGACCUCAUCAAGCACUACAACUGUGGGGACCUCAAUGCUGUCAUCUUCAACCAUGACACGUCACAGCUGCCCAACUUUAUCAACACCACACUCCCGCCACACGAGCAGGUGACAGCCCAGGAGAUCGACAGCUACUUCCGCCAGGAGCUCAUCUACAAGCGGAACGAGCGCAUGGGGAAGAGGGUCAUGGCGCUUCUUCAGGAGAAUGAAGACAAGAUCUGUUUCUUUGCCUUCGGAGCAGGUCACUUUCUGGGGAACAACACAGUCAUUGACGUCCUCCGGCAGGCGGGGCUGGAGGUGGAGCACACACCUGCAGGGCAGACCAUCCACAGCCCUGCCGCCAGGAGCCCUGCACCCCCUCCCGAGAGGACCUCAGCGAGCCCGGCCCCCGUGACCCCUGCUGCUGCCGCCCCCGCAGCACCCUCGGUGACCCCCACCGCCCCGCCUGAGGAGGAGGACCCAGCCCUAUCCCCACACCUGCUGCUCCCCGACAGCCUCAGCCAGCUGGAGGAGUUUGGGCGGCAGAACAAGUGGCACAAGAGGCAGAAUAAACAGCAGCGGCCGCGGCAGUUCAACGACCUCUGGGUCCGCAUCGAGGACAGCACCACCGCCUCGCCACCCCCGCUGCCCCUCCAACCCACGCACAGCUACAGCUCCGGGACCGCCGGGCCCCUCUUCCAGCUCUCCGACCAGCUCCAGCCGCAGGAAGCACCGGGCUCCGCCAGCAGCUCAGUGCCUGCCCACUCCCAGCCGGCCCUGGGCCUCCUCCCUGCCAUCAUCGCUGCCAGCUUCGCAGCCCCCUUCCUGCUGCACACCUUCGGGCCUUCCUGA